AUGCAAAAGGCUAAUAUCAUUUUUUUCUAUGGACCACCAGCAACAGCAAAAUCUUAUGUGGCCUAGUAAGUAGCAAAAUAAACAGGAUAUGUUUAUUUCAACUUGGAGGAAUUCUAUAGCAAGGUGAAAGCAUAAUCAGAGGUGGAAAAAUUGAAUAAAUUGAUGUAAGUGUUCUAGGCUGAACCAAAGAACUAUGUUGUUGAUGGAUUCCUAGAUAAAAAGGCUUAAGCUGUUGUAUUCUUUGAGCACUAUCAAAAACCCAGAUAUGUAGUAUAUUUCCAAUCUAGCAAAGAUGAAGUUGAAUAGAAUAUCAGAUUAUUGAGUACAGAAGAUCAAAAGAAAAGUCGUUUUUAGAGAUUUAGCAACUUCCUCUAAAAUCGUGAUGAACUGCUGGCUUACUUGAAGAAGUUUCAAUUCUUUGUAACUGUCGAUGCAGUAUAAAAAGGAUUGUCAAAUAAUUUUUAAUAAUCCUCAGAUUUGAUCAUUCAAUCUAUCAUGAGUUUUUUAAAGCCCAAGGUCUUGGUGGCCUUAACAUAUAACAAUGAGGAAUUGGCAGAAGUUUACUUGAAUAAAGUGGAGACAGAAUUGGGAUUCAAGCAUUUGCAUUUGGAAGCACUCUGUGAAGAAGAGUUAGCAAAAGGAACUCCACAAGGAAAAUAAAUGGGUGCAUUCCUCAACUCAGGUUAGGUAGUGCCACCUUAAAUGUAAAUAGAAUUGUUGAGGAAAUACUUGUAUGAUGAUCCUCAAUAAACUAAAUUUAUUCUUACAAGCUUCCCUGAAAAGUAUUAGGAAUUUAGAACUUUUGAAGAUAAAUUAUUCCCCAUUACUGGAUUGAUUAAUUUCUUGAAGGAAGGUAAAUCAGUGUCAUUUUCUGCAAAGAUAAAUCCAGUAUUGCAUUAUUCAGCAGAAGGCAAGAAUUUAAUAAUUCAAAAUGAAGAUUUGGGACCAUUCCAGUCUUUUUUAACAAAACGAGUAAAAUAUGGCGUUGUUAUUGGUCCUGUAAUGUCAGGUAGGUCAACAUUUGCUAAGUACAUCUCAUAAAAAUUUGGUUUGAAUUUGAUUGAAUGGGGAGAAACUACAAUCAAUUUUUUGAAGGAGAAGUCAAGCACAGUUCCUGGAGAACAAGUAGAAGAAUUGACUUUGCCUAUGAUUAUCAAAUACUAUAGGGAAUUCUUUAGUAAUGUUACAAAUGAAAAAUAUGUUUUCGAUGGAUUCCCUCCAGGAUGCGAAAAGCCAGAGUAGAUUUUGUAGUUUUUAAAUUUGGGAUAAGCUAGCUGGAUAUUAAAUAUUGGAGUUGAUUAAACUAAUUACUGGAUCAGAUAUAAAAUCAAGACAGAUCUCGAUGCACAAGAUAUUACAGAUGAUCAAAAGGAGAUACUGAUUACUAACUUAAAAGCACAUGAGGAAAUCCUUAAGUAAGUUUAAGUGUAUGUAUAAUAACAACCUGAUUGUAAAUUAUUUAAAUAAGAUACAAAUUAUUCCUUGGAAUAGAAUUUCAAAGCAAUUGACUAGAUUUUUGGAAAGAGAGUGUAUUUGGCAUCAAUCUUAGCUAAUUUAGAUUCAGAUAUCUAUGAAGCCUUGAAAUUGAUAUACGUCAACAUUGCUGCAAAACACAGAAUGGCAUUUGUUGAUGUUGAAUAAUUGAUUGCUAAGAACUUUGACAAACUUUCUAAUGAUUACGAGAUGAGAUGGACAAAACAAAAUUGUAAGAAUCCAUCCAAUUUUACUCCUGAAACUGUGAUGAAAUUAGUUAAGUAAUACAUAGAUGAGUUACCGAUUUAAAGCAGAGAUGUAUUGUUGUGGGGUUACAUAUCAGCUGAUUAAUAGGGGGACAAAUAACAACAAGAACAAAUAUUCCCAAGAGCCACAGAUGAAUUGAUGAUGGUCGAGAAGUCUUUGGGAUAGAUUAAAGUCUUGUAUGCAAUCACUGAAUAACCAUUGAAUUCAGAAAUCAAUGAUCCUGAAUGGGUUUUAGAAAAACCAGAAGUCCCACCUCCUAAAUAAGAAGGCGAUGGAGGAGAUGAAGAACCCAAAGAUGGUGGAAAUGCGGAUGGAGAAGAAAAUGUUCCAAAGUUUAAUAUUUAUAAUUAUUAAUGGACUAAAAGUGAAGUUCCUAAAAAUAUGGCUUAAAUCUUCAUGAAGGUCAAAUAACCCAAUCCUGUCUAACUUGAAGUCAGUGAUUAUAGCUUUAAAUUAAUUUAUGAUAACUUUGAUGAGCUUGUCUAAUCAUUUUAAGAAAAUAACAAUCUUACAUAUUAUGCUUAGAUAUAAUUACAAUAACCAAUUAUGGAUUGAAUUAUUCAUUAAAAAUAUAUAUUAUUCAAUGAGUAAAUA